AUGAGCACAGAGGUGGAUGUCGAUGUGCCUAUGCAGGAUGCAGAGCAGAGCGAUUUGGAUUUGGAGUUGGAGUUAGAGGACGAGUUGAUGAAGCCGGGGUCCUCCGGCAUUGCUGACCACAAGUCUGCGGAGCCCGUCAAGUUGACAACGACCUCCAUCGGGCAGUUGGAUGCGUGGAUUGAGAAACUGGUGAAAUGCGAGGUGCUGUCGGAGGACGAGGUUGCGAGGCUGUGCAAGAUGGCUGUCGACGUGCUGCAGUUCGAGGAGAACGUCCAGCCUGUCAAUGUGCCGGUCACCAUCUGCGGUGAUGUACACGGCCAGUUCCACGACCUGAUCGAGCUGUUCAAGAUCGGUGGUCCCUGUCCAGAUACUAACUAUCUGUUCAUGGGGGACUACGUCGACAGAGGUUAUUACUCCGUCGAGACCGUCUCGUACCUGGUGGCGAUGAAAGUUAGAUACCCAAGCAGAAUCACCAUACUGAGAGGCAAUCACGAGUCGAGACAGAUCACGCAAGUCUACGGGUUCUACGACGAAUGUUUGAGGAAGUACGGGAGUGCGUCCGUGUGGAAGAUGUUCACCGACUUGUUCGAUUACUUCCCCAUUACUGCAUUGGUCGACAAUCAAAUAUUCUGUCUGCAUGGUGGUUUGUCUCCAAUGAUCGAGACCGUCGACCAGGUCAGAGAUCUCAAUAGAAUACAAGAAGUCCCUCACGAAGGCCCUAUGUGCGACCUGUUGUGGAGUGACCCUGAUGACCGCGGCGGAUGGGGUAUCAGUCCAAGAGGUGCAGGUUUCACCUUUGGCCAAGAUAUCAGUGAGCAGUUCAACCACACAAACAACCUGUCCUUGAUCGCAAGAGCACACCAACUGGUAAUGGAAGGCUUUUCUUGGUCCCACCAGCAAAACGUCAUCACCAUUUUCAGUGCUCCCAAUUACUGCUACAGAUGCGGUAACCAAGCAGCUAUCAUGGAAGUGGAUGAGAAUCACAACAGACAAUUACUGCAAUAUGAUCCAUCAAUCAGACCCGGCGAACCAACUGUAACAAGAAAGACCCCAGAUUACUUCUUAUAG